AGAGAGAGAGAGAGAGAGAGAGAGAAAGAGUGAGGGAGGAGGGGGAGAGCAAAGCGAGAAAAAUUACCUUCAAAAGCAAAACAACAGCCAGCAGAAGUGAAGACGAGAGAAGACUGGAAAAGUGGACAGGAUUCUUUACUGGACACUUUAAAACGGAUAAAAAGAGCGUACGGAGACACAGCUCUGGUAAUGGAGGGAGGAGAGGAGCGAGGGAUGGAGGGACGAGUGCACAGGCUUUCAGCUUUACAGCAGCAGCUGCUCUGCUCUCUGCUGGGCUCCGGUGUGACCCGUGAGGUGCUGAUCCAGGCCGUCAGUGAACUGGAGAGAGAAAGGAACCGGGUCAGAACCGGAGUGGAAGGUGGGACUGGAGCAGACCAUAUGGAAGUGGCAGAGAGGACGGACGGAGAGAGUUCUGAGGACGGAGACUCCGACUUUCCUCCACCCAUCUUCAGGGAAAUUGAGAAACUACCUCCUGAGGAAGCAGCUAGACAAAAAGCUGAGGUGGAGCAGCUUCUACAAGAGGACCCUUGGCAUGUGGCGAAGAUGAUAAAGAGCUACAUGCAGCAGCACAAUCUUCCCCAGAGGGAGGUGGUGGAGGCCACGGGACUGAAUCAGUCUCAUCUGUCACAGCACCUGAACAAAGGGACGCCGAUGAAGAACCAGAAACGAGCUGCGCUCUACAGCUGGUACGUCAAGAAACAAGACGAGAUCAGCCAGCAGUUCACCAAUGCGAGUCGGGGGUUGGUUCUGGGGGAGGAGCCGAGUGAAGAAAGCAGGAAGGGGCGGAGAAACCGCUUUAAAUGGGGCCCGGCAUCGCAGCAGAUCCUGUUCCAGGCCUACGAGCGUCAGAAAAACCCGAGCAAGGAGGAGAGAGAGGGACUGGUGGAGGAGUGUAACCGAGCGGAGUGUUUGCAGAGGGGUGUGUCUCCAUCACAGUUGGCUGGUUUGGGUUCAAAUCUCGUGACAGAAGUGCGGGUUUAUAACUGGUUCGCUAAUCGCCGUAAAGAGGAAGCUUUUCGCCACAAAAUAGCACUUGACCCACCUUACAGCAAUCAAUCAGCACCUGGGACAGAGCAGAGCAUCCCAGCCACUCCCACACAAGGUCUGAAGUUCAGUUCCUCUGUAGUGUGUGAGGGUUUAGGGACGUUGCGAGUUGCUGGGAAUGGAGACAGAGUGGAUGGAGGACACCUGGGGGCGGGGCUUAUCCAGCUGGAGCCAAGUCACACACUUCUGGAAGCUCAUCAGCAUAAAUCAGUAUCAGGAGGUGGGUCUCUGCCACCUGUUAGCACUCUGACUUCUCUCCAUGGCAUGUCUCACACACACUCGGGCUCACCGCAGGGCCUCAUCAUGGCCUCCCUACCCAGUGUCAUGAGUCUGGGAGACUCGUCUCUGCUCAUAGGUCUGACGUCCACUCAGCCUCAGACGGUUCCUGUCAUCAAUAACGUAGGGGGUGGGUUCACCACGCUCCAGCCAAUCACCUUCCAGCAGCAGCUCCACAGCUCCUCCCAACAGUCAAUUACACAGCAGCUGCCAAGUCACAUGACUUCAAGUCCCUUCAUGGCCACUAUGGCUCCACUGCCCUGCCACAUGUACAGUAAGACAGAUCUGACGUCAUAUUCCUCGUCCAGCCUCCUGUCCCAGGCGAUGGUGAUCGCCGACAGCAGCAGCAUCGGAACUCUCGCUAAUCUCACCACGGUUCGACAGACGCUGAGCUCAGACCCUGAAGAACACACAAACGUCCAGAUCCAGGAGGAGUCACUACACCUGCAGUCCAGCUCUCCAGUACCAGUGUCCUCCAGCAGUCUGGAUCUUUAUCCUCAAAACCAGUCCAGUGAGACUCACACGUCCCACCUGCUCACUUCAUCACCUGGAGACAUCGGCCCCUACAUCCCAGCACAGAUGGUCUCUACCGCUCAGUAGCAGCAGCAGAACACAGUGGAAUGAACCAUCAGCACCAGAAAUAGGGGAACUUUAUUAUACAUGUAGUUUGGGUGAUUAUGAAGGUAAAAACCUUUCUAACGUUGCUGGACAUUAACUGACGCUGCCUUCGUGUGUCUCUGAGGAAUCUCUGCAGAUGAUGAUGAUGAUGAUGAAGUUGGAGAACACACCUAGAGGUUUAACAUGCACCAAAAACAAUCUACACACGUCAUGAUUUGAGUCGCCCAGGCAGUGGGCGGGGCUUAUAUGAAUCAUGGUCAGCCAAUCACAAAUCAUCAUUACGGUCGUUGCUUUUCAUUUUCAUUCACUCUAAUUCCACAGGGUGGUGCUAGACAGCUAAUAGCCCUCUGACAUUAGCUACUACAAGCCUGCUCGCACACAAACCAUGUGAUGACGUCAUCACCACCGACACGCCCCCUUUAUUAGUAAUUAUAGUUAAACACACUUAAUUUGUUUUGUAAAUAUUGUUGAUGUAUAAAAUGAUGUAAUAAAAUUGUAUAAGAAAAAGAAA